AUGGAGAAACUCAAUAUUAGUGGAAGAUUUGCCGGUAAAACAGUGAUCAUAACCGGUUCCAGCCGUGGCAUUGGCCGUGGAGUUGCGUUGGGAUUUGCAGCUCAAGGUGCAAAUGUUGUUGUCCAUGGGCAGGAUGAGACGAAGCUAAAGGUAAAGCGAAGAACAAAAUUUACGAAAUUACUGAAAUUUCAGGAAACUGCAAAGGCCAUCGAAGGUCUUGGAGUAUCUGAUAAAAAUUAUUUGAUUGUUCAAGGUGCAAUCCAAGACCAGACCACGCAAGAAAAGCUGAUUCAAGAAGCGAUAAAAAAAUUCGGGAACAUCAAUGUGUUGGUAAACAACGCCGCUGUGUCUCACAAAGACGGGCUGGACCCAAAUUCUGCAGAAAAUUUGGAUUUCAUAUAUCAAGUCAACUUACGAAGGUGAAUGAUAAGAAAUUCUUGAACUUAUUGUUGUAUUAUUUUAGUGUGUACACCCUCACCAAUCUUGCUAUUCCGUAUCUGAUCAAGACCAAGGGAAAUGUCGUCAAUAUUUCUUCCGUUGGAUCGCAAAAAAUGUCAGAUGGUUUAGUCCCAUAUUGCAUGCUGAAAGCCGCGUUAGAUCAUUUUACCCGAGGUGCAGCUCUGCGGCAUGCCAAAGAUGGAAUCCGAAUCAACACAGUCAGUCCGGGUGGAACCGAGACCGACUUCGUGCACCGCCACGGAGGAGAUGCCGAGGUCACCAGGAAACUUGGGGAAAAGUGGAAAAAUUUGUUCGUCCCAAUGAAUCGGUUCGCAACACCAGGAGAGGUUGCGAAUAUAGUGAUUUUUGUAGCCAGCGAUGAUGCGAGUUACGUUACGGGAGCCAACAUCAAUGUCGAUGGUGGCGUCUUGGCUGGAAUUCCGAGCUCGAAUUGGAUGAAGUGA